AUGUCGACUUUUAGUGAACCCGGUACUAUUUGGUAUUUCACGGGUGAUGAACAGGAACCAUUUUUGGUAUCACCCUUAAGAGAGUGUACACCAGAUCAAAUAAGAGCGAAGUUGGAAUUUUUAGAAAAAAAUAUUUUGUUACUUAGAUGCGAAUGCGAAGUGUUAGAACUGAAUUUGGUAAAAGCACAACCCGACCUUGCAAUUACAAACACAAUUGACGUAUCGUGGAUGCCCUAUGAUUUCAAAGCCGAAGAACAUAGUUUAUCUACAGCUUCUCCUAAAGUUCCAAAAUUAUCAAGAGAAAAGCUUCGCCAGUCUAUGAUUUUAUCGAAAUCGAAUAAGUCUGUUCUUGGUAGCAUAUAUAGUGUUGUUAAUACUGCGAUUAAAAUGAAUAAGAUAUCAAUACACCAAGUGAUUGCCGAGGUAGAGAAAGCAUUAAUAACUCUGGAUGAAUAUUUCGAUAAAAUAAACAAUAAGAUGAUUAAAAAUCUCGAUAAAAUUGAAAACGAAACUGAAAACAUUGAGACCGAAAUUAAUAGACAACUUCAAUACAUUGAAACCUAUAGGUGUAACGUCUUGGUGGCUGGCGUCAACAGAUUAACCAAACGCAUACCAGCCGAUAAAUAUCAGAAAUUCAUAAAAAAAAAAUUGAUGUCGUCGACGAUAUACCUGAACGACCUUCAAUUCAAAAUAACUGAUGCCAUCACCGAGGAGCAAACUUUGCACGAAAGAUACGUGACUUCAAAACAUAUUCGGGAUACGGUAUUCGAAACGGACAUGCAUAACGUCAGGAUGAUGAACAAAAAACUACUAAAAGAACAAAUCGAAAUGACCACAAAGAAUAAAGAACUUAAACAGCACCUAAGUGUUGUUCGUCAAGAUUAUUUGAAGAAAAAAUAUGAUUCGGAAAAAUUCGAGCUUAGUUUAGACUUACCAUCGUUGGACGCAGAAAUCAAACGUUAUAGGAAUAAAUUACUAAAAGUAACACCAAAGUUACUUGCAGUGGCAGAGAGUCAUGAUAAUUAUAGGAAUGAUAUAGAUAAUGACGACGAUGGUAAUUAUAAAUAUGGACAACACCAAAUCGAGAUAAUACCCAGUGAAACUCUAGACCAACGAAUUAAUCACUAUCUUGAAGUUAAAAGGUCUAUCGAAAAGACAGAGAAAGAUAUUAAAUCAGCGAAAUUGAAAUUAGAUCGACAAAAAAAACUUAUACGGAUGUAUUUUUUUAAGUUGAAAAACAAAAAAAUGUUAUAA